GGUUUGUUUUGAAAGGAAACAAUUGAUAAAUAGGGAUGAGAACUACUUUUGUUUGCUUUGCGAUAGCGUGGUGGCUAUUUUGAAUAUUUCCAAACUGAAAUAAAACGUAAGAAGCAGCGGAACCUAAAGAACUUGUAAGUUACCCGAAAGGAAAACGCAAGAAGCGUGCCCAAUUCAUCCAAAUUUAUACUCUCCUGAUAGCAACACACCGCUCGUGACGGCGUAAAUAAACAAUCAAAAGUGAUUUAACAGAAACUACACUUCCGUUAUGGACAUCAACGGUGCCGGUACCGGCGACGCCGCCGGCGAUGCUUCCUCGUCUGCUACAUCCAGUGGCUUUUCACAAUUAACCGCAUCUGCUUCCCGAUCGUACCAGCACUUUCUGGACAAAACGACGCCGUAUUUGCUCUACCGUUGGAUCGCCUUCUUCUUCAUCGCUGUUCUAUAUGUCGUCCGAGUGUAUCUGGUUGAAGGAUUCUACGUUAUCUCUUAUGCACUCGGCAUCUACAUCCUUAACCUCCUCAUCGGCUUCCUCUCUCCACAAGUUGACCCGGAGUUUCAGGAGUUAUCCGAUGGCCCGAUUCUACCGACCCGAGAAACCGAUGAGUUUCGCCCUUUUGUUCGUCGUCUCCCCGAAUUCAAAUUCUGGUACUCAAUUACUAAGGCUUUCUGCAUUGCGUUCGUGUUAACAUUUUUUGAUAUAUUUGAUGUGCCCGUCUUUUGGCCGAUUCUCCUUUUCUACUGGGUUGUGCUGUUCACACUUACAAUGAGAAGACAAAUUCGACACAUGUUGAGAUAUAAAUAUCUGCCGUUCUCUUUUGGGAAGCAGCGGUAUGAUGGAAAGAAAGCAGCUUCAUCGGAAAGUGAAGAUCUUCUCCCGUAGACUGAAAUGCACAGGUCUGCGGCAGCUGUUUGUUCUAUGAAAUUUACAUCAUGCAGUUGCAAAUUGUCUUUCUUUUCUGCUUCAAUAGCCAUAGAUUUUCUAGGAUGCUACUGGAAGUGGAAGAAACUGUCAGGGGAAUUAGUAUCAAGGAUAUGAUGGUUACAUCUUUGUCUCUUAGGGCGUGUAUCAUAGUGUAAUGAUAUCUUAAUUUUUCCAUCUUAGCUUUCAGAAAGUUAUGCUUUAUAAGUACCCUGAGGUCAUAUAGUACCUUAGUUUUCUACCUAAGACUGGAAAAAAGCCUGCUAGUGCUUUUGUUAGUGAUCUUGCUGGCUGUGGCAGAAGCUCCUCUUUGGAGAAAAUAAACAGUUAAUUGCAGUUGGUAUACAGUAAAUUAGUGAGAUCGACAAUGUCCCUCAUGUAAGCGCUUAAAAGUUUUCAAUGUUACAUAUCAGUUGAGCAUUCCUCACAA